GCCAGUUUAAUAUUCAGUAGCAUUCAAGCUUUGGCAAACUCAGAUGAAGUACGAUGUUUUACCGGCUCAUUUUGGAGAACUAAUUAGGCGUGUAGCAUGGACGGCGACGACGCCCGAAAAGGGUUACAGGAAGCCCCAGAAAGGACAUUCCCUGUAUUCUUCAGAGGAAAACUGGGGGAGAAGCUCCAUCAGGAGACCCCAGGGUUUGACCUGUUGGACCCCAACAUGAGAGUCAUAGAUGUUAGUUAUAACUGCCUCCACGACAAACACCUGAAGAGUUUUUUCCGCCAUCCGGAAAGGAAGAAGCGGCUGGUGAAGCAAGGCCUCAUCACCUCAAAUGAGAAGGCAAGGCAGACCUCCCUUUUCUUUCCAAAAUCUAAAAGUGACACUUAUAUGGAACUGAGAAAAUUGGACAGGUGUAAGCAAUAUGAUGGCUAGGUGAAAUGUUUGCCAUUUUGCUUAGUUUACACAAAUCCAAAUCUACAUAUGGUCAUUGUUAGUGCA